GUGUACAAGCGGCACACAGCCCAUGGGAGGGGUGCUGCUUGCAGACAGGAGGCAGGAUCCAUGGCAACAAUCAUGGCAGAAGCAGAGACCCGUCAGAGGCUGCUGCGCACCGUGAAGAAGGAGGUGAAGCAGAUUAUGGAGGAAGCCGUCACCAGGAAAUUUGUUCAUGAAGACAGCAGCCAUAUUGUGUCCUUUUGUGCUGCAGUGGAGGCAUGUGUACUGCAUGGGCUGAAACGACGAGCAGCAGGCUUUCUGCGUAGCAACAAGAUAGCAGCACUCUUCAUGAAGGUGGGGAAAAGCUUCGCCCCAGCCGAGGAGCUGUGUAGGAAGGCCCAGGAGCUCGAACAGAUCAUCGAGACAAAACGAAGUCAAAGCUUGCAAAGUCAGGACAGCCUCCGCAAGAUGCCCCGUCUGCCCAGCCUCACCCCACAGGGAGUCAAGAACUUGUGGAUCCGGACGGCUCUGUUUGAGAAAGUGCUGGACAAGAUUGUCCUCUACCUGGUGGAGAACAGCAGUAAAUACUACGAGAAAGAGGCCUUUCUGAUGGACCCUGUAGAUGGACCUAUCCUUGCCUCUUUGUUAGUUGGACCUUGUGCUUUGGAGUACACAAAGAUGAAGACAGCUGAUCACUUCUGGACAGAUCCAUCUGCUGACGAGCUGGUGCAGAGACAUCGCAUCCAUGGUGGCCACUGCAGGCAGGAUUCUCCCACCAAGAGGCCUGCACUGUGUAUCCAGAAGCGGCACUCCAGCAGCAGCAUGGAUGAACGCCCUUCCCCCUCACCGUCGGCUCGUGAAUAUGUGGAGUCGCUGCAUCAAAACAGCAGGGCGACACUACUGUUCGGCAAAAACAAUGUGCUCGUGCAACCGAGGGAUGAUAUGGAGGCUAUCCCAGGCUACCUCUCCCUGCACCAGACUGCUGACAUCAUGACACUGAAGUGGACACCCAAUCAGCUCAUGAACGGCUCCGUUGGAGACCUGGACUACGAACGCAGUGUAUACUGGGACUAUGCCAUGACAAUCCCUCUAGAGGAAAUAGUUUACUUGCACUGUCAUCAACAAGUGGACAGCGGGGGGACGGUGGUGCUGGUCAGUCAGGAUGGGAUCCAACGACCUCCGCUUCGCUUCCCUAGAGGAGGCCACUUGCUCCAGUUCCUCUCCUGCCUAGAGAACGGCCUCCUUCCCCACGGCCAGCUGGACCCUCCGCUCUGGUCCCAGAGGGGAAAGGGAAAAGUGUUUCCCAAGCUGCGGAAGAGGGUUCCUCAGGGAUCUGGAUCCUCGGAAUCGGUCUCAGAUAAGGAGGAGGACGAGGCCACAGACUAUGUCUUCCGCAUCCUCUUUCCAAACAGCCAGUCAGAGUUUGUGACUCCUCCAGAUUUGAUGGAUCAAGGAGCUACAAUGUGGCAUCCCACUCUCAGGAAGUCCUCGUGCUCCUCUUGUUCUCAGGGGAGCUUCUCUGAUGGUGCAAUGCCCAAGGGGUGCAACCACGAGAGGACCCCACUGAAGCUGCUGUGCGACAACAUGAAGUAUCAGAUCAUCUCUCGGGCAUUUUAUGGCUGGUUGGCAUACUGCCGUCACCUGUCUACUGUGCGCACACACCUCUCUGCUCUCGUCAAUCACACCAUUGUGGCGCCCGACGUGCCAUGUGAUGCCUACAAAGGGCUCACCACAGAAGUGUGGCAGACGUUCCUCCAGGACUGCACAGCCUUCGAGGAGGAAGAGCUGCUUCGUCUGGUCUACUUCGGUGGAGUGGACCCUUCGCUGCGUAAAGAGGUGUGGCCUUUCCUGCUGGGUCAUUACCAGUUUGGAAUGUCAGAAGCUGAGAGGAAGGAGGUAGACGAACAGGUCCGGGUGUGCUACCAAGAGACCAUGCGUGAGUGGCUCGGCUGUGAGGAGAUUGUCCGCCAGCGGGAGAAGGAGCAGCACGCUGCAGCUUUAGCGAAGUGCUCCUCCGGUGCGAGCAUUGACAGUUCCAGUCAGAAAAUGAUCCAUCAUGACUCCACUGUGAGCAACGAGUCUCAGUCCUCCCAGAGCUCAGACAGGCAGAGUCUGGCUCGCCUGCAGAGUGACUCCAGCAGCAGCACACAGUUCUUCACAUCCUCCCAUCCCUUCCCCUGGAGUAGCCUGCUUCCCUUUGGCUUGUUCUUUCAGGUGUUUGAGUCCGUCGAGGAGGUGGACCAGAUCGAGACGGAGCCCAAGACCGAAGAGGCCAAACAGGUGCCGAAGAUGCCCAACGGAGCGCUGCAGAACGGGACGAGCUCCCCCGAUUCCGGGCACCCCUCAUCCCGCAACUUCUCGGUCACCUCCGGCCUGUCAGACGGCUCACUCAGCACGGAGGACAGCGCAGCGGCCGUCCCUCAGGUAUCACAGAGCCCUGCCAAACCUGCAGGGGUAGAGGGCGAAGGUCUGACGGAGGAAACGCACAGGCAGGAGAAAGCUGAGGUGAAGGACAAAGAAGAGGAGGCACCUGAUGUGACCAAAACUGCAGAAAAUGCCAAGACUGAGGUGAUAGAUGAUAACGUGAUUCAACCGUUGGAAGAGGGGCAGGUGAAGGCCAACAAAGAGACAUGUUUGCAACCUGAAAUGGAGAAAAAUCUUGAGGAGCCAGAAGCUGCUAAAACAGAGGGAACCGAGUUUGAACAUAAAGGCCUAGAAUCAGACGUUAAAGGAAUUAAAUCUUCAGAGUCAGGAGAACCAGGAAGUGAAGUGGCCGAUGAAGAUACUAUGACGGCAUCAGCAGCUGCCACAGAAUCCAAAGGAGACCUCGUCAAACAAAGUCUCAAAAAAGAAGUAGAAGUGAGAAUUGAGGAAACAUCAAAGCUCGAAGAAAGGAACGUGGAAAAGAUGAAGGAGCUGGACGAAUCAAAGACGAGGAAACCGCAAGAGGUUGUUUCGACCGAAGGGAAAGAAAAAAUAUUCAAAGAUCCCGUGGCUCCCGAAGUGGAGAAGAACCUCCUCUUCUCGACAGACACCAGGGUCUCGAGAGCCUACUGCACCUCUCAGAAAGAGGAUGCUCAGGUCAUGACCGAAUCUGAUGAGUCUCCCUCAGCCAUAGAGAUGGAGGAGAUCCCCAAAGCCAAAGUUUCCAUGGUGCCUUGGAGCAGGAAGGGACGCUGUGAACCCUCGUCUUCCUCUGAGGACUCGGCCCCUCACGUGGAGCACAGGCAGGAGGAGGAGGAUGAGGAGCAGGGAAAGCCCAGUCCAGAGGGCACCGAGUCCAUCCUGUCUGAGGAGCCAGAGAUGGAGAGCCUGUACCCUCACUUUGACUCUCUGGCUGGGUCCGAAGACGCCAAGAUUGAGGCAGCCUCUCAAGAAUCUGCUGGGAGUACCUUCUCUCAAGAGCUGUUGGACUUGUAUACGUUAAACUUGCACCGCAUUGAAAAGGACGUCCAACGCUGUGACAGGAACUACUGGUACUUCACUCCUGCCAACCUGGAGAAACUGCGCAACAUUAUGUGCAGCUAUAUCUGGAGGCACCUCGACAUCGGUUACGUACAGGGCAUGUGUGAUCUGCUGGCUCCGCUUCUAGUCAUUCUGGAUGACGAGGCCAUGGCCUUCAGCUGUUUCACUGAACUCAUGAAGAGAAUGAAUCAAAACUUUCCACACGGAGGAGCUAUGGAUACUCACUUUGCCAACAUGCGCUCUCUAAUCCAGAUCCUGGAUUCUGAGCUGUUUGAGCUAAUGCACCAAAAUGGAGACUAUACCCAUUUCUACUUCUGCUACCGCUGGUUUCUCCUGGACUUCAAGCGAGAGCUGGUGUAUGAGGACGUGUUUGCAGUCUGGGAAACCAUCUGGGCGGCCAAGUAUGUCUCCUCUAGUCACUUUGUCCUCUUCAUUGCCCUGGCACUGGUCGAGCUCUACAGGGACAUCAUCCUGGAGAACAACAUGGACUUCACUGACAUCAUUAAAUUCUUCAAUGAAAUGGCUGAGCACCACAGCAUAAAGCAGAUUUUGACGCUGGCCAGAGAUCUCGUGUGCAAGGUGCAGAUGCUGAUUGAGAACAAGUGAUGGUGCUGUUUGUCUUCUUUUCCUUCCAAGUAAAGUGUGAACGGCUGUAGCAGCACAAGAGAAAAAUACAUAAUGAGUGCACACACAUACACACAUACAUAACACACUACACAAAGCCUUUACAAUCACAUUUUGCUGCUAUGAGCCUUAUUGACUGUAUCCACUAUGUUAUUUGUGUUGUCAACAGGUGUAUGAGAAUAUUACGCUUAAUAUUUGUCAGUAUGUUCAAGUGAAAACAAACGUAACUGAAAAUCUGUUCAAUUUCAAAAUAUUUUUGUCUGAAAUCCCUUAUAAGUGUCGAUAUCUCAGUCCGAGUGCACUUAAUAUUUUAAGAUAAGAUGGGAAGUUUUAGUCGUGCAUUUCAAACCAAAAUGCAGAGCAGAAUUCAACCAGAGACUAUAUUUAUUAGAAAAAUACAUUGUGAUAAUAGUUUAUAUUAUUUAUUUUAAUAAACAAAGUCUACAAGAUAACAUUUUUUUGGAUAUAUCAGGAAGUUGUCCCCAUAUUCCAGCCCCUUAAUGAAGGAAAGAAUGUAAGCAGACUUUUAAUUUUAUUUUAGUAAACACCCCAAAACCAAAUUAAUUUCCACUGAUGACCCAAACUCCAGUUAUGUUUAACCCACGACGUCAAGAAUAAUUUAGCUGUUAGCACCAUUGCCAGUGAUUUAGCAUCCAACAGUGUUUUCAAUGUUCUUGAACUGCCUUGUCUGCCAAAUAGUAUGUCUUUAUUUGUUUGUGAAUUGUACUGUACUGAGAGAAAAAUGUGUUUAAAUUAUGAGGAUUAUAUUAUGUUAACACUUGUUGAAUCAUAACCUGCUAUCUAAGUGACUUAUGGAUGUCUGAGCAAAGAUUUAUAUAAAGAAACAAGCCUGAUUUGAUAGUAGUCUACACAAGUUAUUUUAUCCAGUGAACCAUUGUAUGUUUUGUAAAUUGUGCGGUUUACUCACCUUGAUUUUUUUUUUUUUUUUUUUUUAAUUGUCUUGUAUUGUCUGGCGCCCAUUUGUUGAAUCAAAUCUUAAUUUCAGCUUGGAUAUGACUAUGAAUAGGGAAGUUCAGACAAGGCAGUGAUAAUAUUUAAUCACAGAGACCUAAUGAAAAGUGUUGUUGUCUGACACGUUAAUAAGAUUCUUUAAUGUAAGAGGUGAAAAUGAAAGGUAAAGUAUAACAGGUUUUCUAAAUGAACUGCAAGUGAACUGAUGCCAGGAAUGAAACUGUUUUAAUGUUUUUGCAGAUUUGCGGAUUUUGAUCAUUUAAACCCUUAAAUUAAUACUAACGUUGGUCUCAUUUACCAACAUUCAUGCUUAUCAUUAACUGCCUAAAACUUCACUCAGUUGUUCUUCAAGUGUUGUUUCAUGAAUGUGGUAAUUAAGGUAAAUUGCAUUUAAUAUUGGUGUUUCUUUGUGAACGCUAACUGCUGUCAGAAAAACCUAUUUUAAGUCACUGUAACAUUUAUUUGCCAGAGUAUUUAUUUAUUUAUUUAUUUAUUUAUUCUUUCAUUUUCUCAUUCAAAUGCUGCUUUGUUUGUAAAGCUAUUAUUUUUAUUUUGUGGCCAGUUCUACAUGUGUAUUGUAAAACAAUCAAAUUCUAUACCAAGAGUUCCUAAAAUAUAUAUAUAUACAGUACAUAUAUAUAUAUAUUAAAUGGUAUAUGUUCUUAUAAUAAAAAUAAAA